AUGUUAAAAUUUCCUAUUGCAGGAGAUAAUUACGAUACAACGUUAAAAGAAGUCAAUUAUAAAACAGAAAUGAGAUUAACCAUUAAUCAAGUAAAAGAAGAACAUUUCGGUACGUACCAUUGUGUUUCGAAAAACUCUUUAGGCGCAACGGACGGGCCUAUCAAAGUUUAUAAAUUACCAGGAAAAAACUGGAACAAUAAUUAUCAGACGUCCGUGACGGCUUCAAAUAACGGCCUGCAGCAUAUUACAGGUAUAAUAAGUAGUACUAAAGUAGGUACCUAA